UGGGCCGGGCCGGCGGCUCCUGCCCGGGGAGGCCGGGCCAGCAGAGCCGCCCCCUUCCCGGUCCCUGCCCCGCUCCCGGCUGAGGACCAGGGCCGUGCCGUGCCAUGGCCGCUCCCUGCUACCUGGGCUGGGAUUUCAGCACGCAGCAGUUGAAAGUCAUUGCUAUUGAUGAACAGCUGAGGGUCAUUUAUGAGGAUAAUGUUCAUUUUGAUAAGGACCUUCCAGAAUUUAAGACUCAAGGUGGAGUCUACAUUCACAGUGACAGACUGACAGUCACUUCACCAGUGCUUAUGUGGGUCAAGGCUCUGGAUAUGAUCUUGGAAAAGAUGAAGUCUUCAGGCUUUAACUUCUCUCAAGUCAGAGCUAUGUCUGGUGCUGGCCAGCAACAUGGGAGCGUGUACUGGAAAAAAGGAAGCACACAGAUUUUAAAGAAUGCAUCAUCUGAACUGCCUUUACAUCAAUCACUAAAGGGCUGUUUUUCAGUCAGUAACAGUCCCAUCUGGAUGGAUUCCAGCACAGCCUCCCAGUGCAGAGCACUGGAGAAAGCCCUGGGGGGAGCCCAGCACCUGGCGAGUGUCACUGGCUCCCGGGCCUAUGAGCGUUUUACAGGAAACCAGAUAGCAAAGAUUUACAGCCAGAAUCCUGAGGUCUACAAGCAAACUGAGAGAAUUUCUUUGGUCAGUAGCUUUGCAGCUUCCCUUUUCCUAGGAGCUUAUGCACCCAUUGAUUACAGUGAUGGUUCUGGUAUGAACUUGCUGCAGAUUUGGGAAAAGGCAUGGUCAAAGCCCUGCCUUGAUGCUUGUGCCCCUGGAUUAGAGGAGAGACUAGGAUGCCCUGUACCAUCCCACUCAGUCCUGGGGCCCAUUUCUCCAUAUUAUAGUCAACGUUAUGGGUUUAGCCCAGACUGUAAAAUAGUAGCAUUUACAGGAGACAAUCCAGCAUCACUGGCAGGGAUGAGACUUCAAGAAGGAGACAUUGCAAUUAGCCUUGGCACAAGUGACACAUUGUUCCUGUGGAUCCAAGAGCCAACUCCUGCCUUAGAAGGUCAUAUUCUCUGCAAUCCUGUUGAUUCUCAAACAUAUAUGGCACUUUUAUGUUUUAAAAAUGGUUCUCUGAUGAGGGAGAGGAUCAGAGAUGACUGUGCUUCAGGCUCCUGGGAUGAAUUCUCCAAAGCCUUGUCAUCAACUGCUGCUGGAAACAGUGGAAACUUGGGUUUCUACUUUGAUGUGAUGGAAAUUACUCCUGAAGCAGUUGGGAUUCACAGAUUCAACAGAGACAACCAAAAGGUUUCAAGGUUUCCAAAGGAAGUAGAAAUACGAGCACUGAUUGAAGGGCAGUUCAUGGCCAAGAGGAUUCAUGCUGAAAAGCUGGGAUAUAAAGUCUUGCCCAGAACAAGGAUUUUGGCUACUGGUGGUGCAUCCCACAAUAAAAAGAUCUUACAGGUCCUGUCUGACGUGUUCAACGCGCCCGUGUUCACCAUCGACACGGCCAACUCUGCCUGUCUGGGGAGUGCUUACAGAGCAAUCCAUGGGCUUGUAGCUGAGAGGAAUGUGUCCUUGGCUGAUGUUGUGAAAUUAGCACCGGAGCCCAGAUUGGCUGUUACACCCACCCCAGGGGCUGAGGAGCUCUAUCGUCCACUUCUGAAAAGAUAUGCUGAGCUUGAACAGAAGGUUAUCUACAACCCAGCCUCUUCUUGUCUUGUGAAAUAGAAGCAAAUAAAAUUUAUAUGUUGUCUGAGCGGACUCCCAAGGAGAAGAUCAGAAGAGAUUUGCUCAGAAUUUACUGGAGCUGUUUAAAUCAUUUUGUUCCUCUUUGUAGACAAAUAAUUUUUAAAUGUCUGUGUUUGAGUGUGUUGGUGGGGAAAAAAUUACAUUGUGAUUGAAAACCUGAUUAAAAAAGCAUCAUAUUG